GAGGGAGGCGCACAAAAGAGAGAGAGAGAGAGAGAUAGAGAUAGAGGGGGGGAGAGAGAGAGGAUGGCUGGUAGGAUUUAGUCCCGUCUUUCCGCGUCCAGCACAACAAGCUUAUUACGUUUCUGUCCACGCGCUUGGAAACGGAUUUACGCGCAAGAGGAACGGAGGAGUUUGGAGGACUAGUAGGAUGCUGACCUGAGAGCGCCGCCACAGCGGGAGGAACCAAACACCAGAGGAAGAGCGAGGAAGAGGAGGGCGGACGCCCAGGGAAGGAAGGACGCACUUUUUUUUUUUAGUUGCUGUUAUUUUGUUUUUCCUCUCUGAGAUGGCGGCGACGGAGGCCAGCGCGGCGCCGGUGGUCCAGGAGGACGGGAAGACCCCCGAGAGCAAGGCAGCGGAGGCCAAAACCGCCAACUCAGAGACCGUCAACAGCGAGGUCGUCGACAAAGACGGCGCUGCCGUCAACAGCGAGGUGGCGGAGAACAAAGAGACUGUGAAUAACGACACGGCGGCGGCGGGCGCCGAGGAGGGCGGGGCAGCAGCAGCAGGUGGGGAAGCCCCACCCCCCCAGACCUCAGAAAACACCUCCUCCGCCGAGCCCAAGACCUCCUUCCUGGACUCGUUCCUCAACAAGAGCGGCCUGGGGAAGGUGAUGGGAGGCAGGAAGAGGAAGGGGGAUGCCGCCGCCGCCGGGGGCGGGGAGGAGGAGGGUGAGAAGGGAGGCGAGGAGGCCGCCACCGCCGCCGAGGGAGGAGCAGACGGAGGGGAGGACGGAGAAGCAGCAGCGACGGAAAAUGGCGAGAAGGAGGAGGAGAAGAAGGGCAAACCGGCGGAGACAAAGUCUUCGGUCCGGGACCUGAUCCGGAAGCCCGUGGCGAGGAUCUUCUCCCAUCGCAGCGCCGAGAAGCCGGUGAAGGUCCGGUCCAAGUCCCUGGACCGCCUGGAGGACGCGGAGGCUCUGAACACCACCGUGGACUCGGUCGCGGAGGAGGGCGGAGCCUCCGCUGGGGGGGCAGCAGCGGCGACGGAGGGGGAGGAGCAGAAAGCGUCGGCGUCGUCGGCGUCGACCACCAAGCACAUGCGGCGCUGGCACUCCUUCAAGAAGCUGAUGGCGCAGAAGACCCACAAGAAGGGCGGUGGCGGCAGCGCUGGCGAGGAGGGGAAGGAGGAGGCGGAGGGCGACGGAGGCGACGGAGGCGACGGAGGCGGCGGAGGCGACUCCUCCACCCUGGACUCCAAGGAGUCGGGGCAGAAGAGGUGGAAGCUGAAGCGGUCCUGGACCUUCCAGGGCAUGAAGAGGGACCCGUCCAUGGCCGGCAUCAGCGGCAAGUCCAAGGCCCCGGAGGAAGCGGUGGCGGUGGCGGAGCCGGAGCCGGCGGGCGGAGCCGCCGAGGAGGAGGGGGAGGAGCCCAAAGCGGAGCCAGGGGCGGAGGGAGGGGAGGACAAGGCGGAGGGCGGCGAGGAGGAGAAGGCAGCGGCAGCAGCGGCGGCGGGAGGGACGGUGACGCACCACGCCAACGAGAUCUGGACCUCCUUCAAGAAGAAGGUCAUCCCCAAGAGCAAACGCGCCAACACGGAGUGCCCCCCCGCUGGGGAGGAAGACGCCACCGCAGCUCCGGCCCCAGGUGAGGAGGCGGCUGCGGAGGAAGGAAAAGACGGCAAGUCGGCCAAGGGCAAGCGCUCGCACUUCGGCCGCGCGGUUUCCCUGAAAAACUUCAUCAUGCGAAAGGGCAAGUCCAGCAGCGUGGAGGGGGGCGAGGGAGCCAAGGAGGGCGAGGAGGCCACGGAGGGGGGAGACGCCACGGAGGAGGAGGCGGGCGCCGACGCCGAGGCCGCCACGGCGCCGGAGGAGACCAACGACAAAGAAGUUGAGAAGACGCCGGCGAAGGAAACCGCGGCUCCAGCGGCUCCAGCGGUUGAGGAGAGUGCGGCAAAGGUGACGGAGACCGUGGAGGCGCCGAAGGAGCCGGAGAAGACGGAGAAGGCGGCGACCGAGCCUCCGGUGACCAACGGCGAGAACGGCUGCACCAACGGCACGGAGGAGGAGAACGCCACGCACAAUCACCAGGAGGAGGAGCAGGAGAAGAAGACGACGGGGAGCAGCAGCCCAACGAAGAAGAGCAAGGAGGCGGGAGGAGUGAAGGACGAGGCCAACGCCAAGAUCAUCAACGACACAGCAGCCGUGAACAGCGCUGUCAAUGACAAGGAGCCAAGACAAAAAGGCGGGAAACGUGUGAGGCCACACAAAGAGGAUUAGACUCGCUGCCCGGGACUCGCUGAGCAAGGAGCCCCGCCCCCACCCCAGCUCUGCCCCUCCCCCUCCUAAUCACCACGGCGACAGAGAGAGAGAGAGAUGCAGUAGAUGAGAAGUGGAAAAAAUUCAUACUUAGAAAGAAAGCAAUAAUUCACCCCCCCACCCUCCUUAUCCUCCCCCCUCAUCCAGUUUUUGUUUCUUUCUCAUGUCUUUCUUUGCUUGUCUGUGAGAUUUUAUAUUGUCUACGAGAGAAAAGAAAUAUAAAAAAAGAAAAAUGAGACCACCCUUUUAUUACAUCACCCCUCCGAUCUCCCACCCCAAACCCCCUCCAUUGCCGAGCUACUUAAACUCUGCUCUCCGCCGGCUCCUGAUUGGUGGAUCACGGAAGAGUAUUAGAGCCAGGCAGGAGAAAAAUAAAAUUAUAUUUUAGAGGAGGAAGAUUUUUUUUUUUCAUUACGCACUUUGAGAAAAAAGUCGAAAUGUCGAAAAAAAAAAGUAAAAAUGUCGAGAUUAAUGUUGAAGUACAAUUGGGACUUUAUUCUUGAAAUUGUAUUUCAACUUUAUUCUCUAAAUUUCGACUUUAUUCACAAAAUUUCGACGGACAUAUAAUUUGUGUUUAGUUGUGGAAAGUGGGAUGUGGAGGGUGGGAUGAAAUAAGUUUAUACUUCCUCCCACUCCUUUUAGAACAUGUAACUUGAAAUAUGUUUUGAUGUUGUUUUUUUUUCUUUAUGUGGUGGAAUGCCCACCUGGAUUUGUUUUCUUGUCUUUUUUCUUGUUUUUUAUACAUGUUUGAAAAAAACGAAUGAACGAACGAAUUCUUGAAAUUAAUUUCAACAUUAAUCUCGACAUUUCGACUUUUUUCUCGAAAUUGUAUUUCAACAUUAUUCUCGACAUUUCAACUUUUUUUGUGCAUAAUAAGUGCAUAAUAAAAAAAAUCUUCCUCCUCUAAAAUAUUAUUUUUAUUUUUCUCCUGCAUGGCCCUAAUACUCUUCCGUAGUGGAUUGAAAGAACAAAAAAAGAAAAAAAAAAAAAAAAAAAGACUUAGUUUUAUAUCGAUGGUCAUUGGUUUGUAGUCCCUGGCCCCGCCCCCUGCCCUGGCCCCGCCCCCUGCCCUGGCCCCGCCCCCUGCCCCCCCAGUAGAUAUUGGACAGUCCAGCAGGACCGUGUUGCUACCGUAUAUAAACGCCCGAGGACUGCCACCCCCCCACCGACACUGCAACGUCUUCAGCUCUGUGUUCGAUGUUUUUAGACUGUUAUAUCGUGUACAUGAAUUUAAAACAAAACAAACAAAAAAAAAAGAAAGAAAAAAACAACCAUUGAACAUUAAAAGUCAAAAAUGUUUUUUGUUUUUUGUUGUUGUUUCCUUAUUUGGUUGGAUUCUCUUUUUUCAUUUUUUAAAAAAACAACCCACAUCUUUCACUGUUACUGCAGUCUGACAAUACGCUGUAAUUAAAAUAAUAAUAAUAAUAAUAAUGAUGAUGAUGAUGAUGAUGAUGACGAUGAUGAUGACGAUGAUGAUGAUGAUGUUUUGUUGGUUGAAGUUUUCACAUGUCCGCUAGCAAACUGUCAAAGAAAAAUAGUACAAUAAAGACUAAAUUCUAACAACUAAA